AUUUAACAAACUCUUAAAUUAACAGGUGUAUUAAUUAGAACUAAUUACUUAAACUUAUAAUGAAGAAGAGCUGAAAGAAAGUGUUAUUUUUAUCAAACAAAACAAAACAAACCAAGACUUGUUCAUUACUAGAAUGGAGUCUGCAACUCAAAAAUGGAACCACUCAGUUUUUUCAUUACUCUACUUGUUCUUCAUCUAUGCCAUUCUCUACCUCCUCCACUCCAACGUUCUCCUCCCCCAUGAAUCCCAUCUUCUUCUUCGCAUCAAGAAGAACCCUCCUCAUCCCCUUCGCUUCCGUCCCGAUGGCACUUUCAAAAUCCUCCAGGUUGCUGAUUUGCACUACGGCAACGGACCCACUUCUCGCUGCCGUGACAUUCCCAUCUCCGGCUUCCGCCAUUGCUCCGAUCUAAACUCUACUUGGUUUUUGCGCAGAAUGAUCCAAGCUGAAAACCCUGAUUUCAUUGCUUUUACAGGGGACAAUAUAUUCGGGUCAAGUGCUACUGAUGCAGCUGAAUCUCUUUUUGGUGCGUUUCGUCCUGCUAUGGAAUCUGGAAUUCCUUGGGCAGCAAUUCUAGGAAAUCAUGAUCAAGAAUCUACUAUGAAUCGUGAAGAAUUAAUGUCUUUCAUCUCACUCUUGGAUUAUUCAGUCUCACAAAUCAACCCCUCAGUUGAAGAACUUUCAAAUGCUGCUAAAACAGGCAAACGAGAAACCAUUGAUGGGUUUGGGAAUUAUAAUCUAAGAGUGUUUGGUGCCCCAGGUUCCCAUUUGGCUAACAGCAGUGUACUCAAUCUUUUCUUUCUUGACAGUGGAGAUAGGGAGACAGUUAAAGGAAUUCGAACAUAUGGAUGGAUUAAGGAAUCUCAACUCCGUUGGCUUUAUUAUGCUUCGAAAAGAUCCCAGGGCCCAAAGAAGUGUACUAAUCGAUCGCUUAGUCCAUUGACACUCCCCACACCACCAGCCCUAGCGUUUUUCCACAUUCCGAUCCCAGAAGUUCGUCAGCUGUACUAUAAAACAUUUAUAGGUCAGUUUCAGGAGGCAGUGGCAUGCUCAUCAGUGAACUCAGGUGUUCUACAGACCCUAGUCUCCAUGGGAGAUGUGAAGGGUGUGUUCAUGGGUCAUGAUCACAAAAAUGAUUUUUGUGGAAAUCUAGAUGGCAUAUGGUUUUGCUAUGGUGGGGGCUUUGGAUACCAUGGUUAUGGAAAGUACGGGUGGCCUAGGAGAGCAAGGGUUAUAUUAGCAGAACUGGGUAAAGGAGAAAAUGCUUGGAUGGGAGUGGAGCAGAUCAAGACAUGGAAGCGUCUUGACGAUGACAAUUUCAGCAAGAUAGAUGAGCAAAUUCUGUGGAGUAGCGAUCAUGGUCGAGAAUAAUUCGAUCGGGAAACAGGAAAACUUGAUGCAAACCAUGCCAGUAUGCUGUACAUACUUCCAAUGCAGUUGUUUUUGUUUACACAGCAUUGCAGCCUUGAUUUAGUCGUUUGUAAUAAUGCUUGUUGUUCAACUUAUAAAUCCUGCUUGAUGUGAUGAUCAUACAAAAGAAAAACAAAGCAGAAACCUUAUUAUUGUUCAAUUACUUUACACGGUACCUAGUUUAGGAUUGUUUUAUGUUGAUUUUGAAUAAUGUUUGGUUCAAAAGAAAA